UCUCUCCAUGUGCACUUCACGGCUUGUGCUUCUGCAGGUGCUUUUCCUGAUGCUUCGCCAGGGCGUCCGGCCGCAGCCGUCUUUCUCCCCUUCCGGGCCAGAGCCCACCGCUCCGGACCCCGAGCGGGGGUCGGGAAUCGGGGCUCCGGCGUCCCCCUCGGCGGGGACGGAAAGUGCCCGGGCUGAGCCUGAGCUCUCCCAGGCGAGCCCGACGGUCGCCACCUCCUCGGCGCCCGCGCCGGCGAACAAUACUGUGGACCUCACCCCAGCCUCGCCCCUCUGUAUCUGCGACCUGACGCCCGGGACCUGCGAUAUCAACUGCUGCUGUGACCGCGACUGCCACCUGACCCAGCCGCUGUCCGUGUUUUCCUUCUGCCUCCCGGGCAGCGUGAGGUCUUCCAGUUGGACGUGUGUGGACAACUCUCUCAUCUUCAGGAGUAAUACUCCUUUUCCUUCCAGAGUUUUCAGGGAUUCAAAUGGAAUCAGUCAAUUUUGUGUCCAGGUGAACAACUCAAAACUGAACUAUUUCCAGAAGCUCCAAAAGGUCAAUGCAACCAACUUCGAGGCCCUGUCUAGAGAGUUUGGAGGUGAAUCAUUUACUCCAACAUUCCAAUCUCAGCCACCACCAUCCUCUUAUUAUAAGGCUGGAGACCCCAUCCUGACUUACUUUCCCCAAUAUUCUGCAUUAAGCUUACUGAGGCAGCCUGCUGGAGUUGGAGCUGGGGGAUUCUGUGCUGAGAGCAAUCCUGCAGGUUUCCUGGAGAGUAAAAGUACAACCUGUGCUCAUUUCUUCAAGAACCUGUCAAAAUGCUGUACAGCAGACCCAGCCCUCAAUGCUGCCUCUUAUUAUAACUUCACAGUAUUGAAGGUCCCAAGAGGUAUGAAUGAUCUGGAGGAUAUGAAGUUUCAGGUUCCCGUAACACUUGUCUCACAGGCUGAUUCUCCUCUGUUGGCUGGAAACACUUGUCGGAAUGUCGUUUCCAAGGUCAUCUAUGAGAUAGAGACCAAUGGAACUUUUGGAAUCCAGAAAGUUUCUGUCGCUUUUGAACAAAUCAACCUGACUGUUGAACCAGGCAUUUCCUUACAGCAGCACUUCAUCAUUCACUUCCGGGCUUUUCAACAGAGCACAGCUGCUGCUUUUAUUGGCCCUAGAAGUGGGAAUCCUGGUUAUAUUGUUGGGAAGCCACUCUUGACUCUCACUGGUGAAAGAAGUCAUUCUAUGACCCUGUUGCAAAGCCAGGGUGAUGGAAUAUGCUCUAUUAAGAGACCUGAAGUACAAUUUGGAGUGAAUAUGAAAUCUGGUUGCAAGUUCAGACCACAAAAGAUGAACUGCAGCGAUAUUCAGGAGGAGGUUUAUCAGAUUCUUCAUGGAACACCCAAACCAGAGCAGGUUGCUGUCUUUGGUAAUGCUCACCCAGCCCAGAAAGGAGAGUGGACCAGGAUCCUUAGCAGGAACUGUGAUGUUUCGGCUGUGCACUGUACAUCCUGCUGUGUCAUUCCAGUUUCUCUGGAGAUCCAGGUGUUGUGGGCAUUUAUUGGCCUCCAGUCCAACCCUCAAGCUCAUGUGGCAGGGGCAAGGUUCCUAUAUCACUGCCAGGACUUCCCUGAAAUCCCAGAAGUAUCCUUAACAACUGUUGUGACUUUCGUGGACAUUACUCAGAAACCAGAGCCUCCACGGGGCCAACCCAGAGCAGACUGGAAAUUGCCAUUUGACUUUUUCUUUCCCUUCAAAGUGGCAUUCAGCAGUGGAACAGACUUUCAAAAAGGCUCAGUCUCUCCCAUCUUUAUUUGCUGCCUCUUGCUACUGGGAGUUCUCAACGUAGAGAAUACAUGAAAAAAGAAGAA